AAUUGCAAUGGCUGCCAGAGUUGUGUUGUAAAUCAUUUUGCACUUGUUCUCUUUCCAACAUUCCUAAAGUGGAUUUCUAGCCUUUUUAAAGAAGCAGUAAUACUGUUGGAACAGGAAAAUGACAGCCAGCAAAGCUCCACGGGACAAGUACAAUGCUGUAUGGCUGAUAUUUUUCAUGCUGGGACUGGGAACACUUCUGCCAUGGAACUUCUUCAUGACCGCCACCAUGUACUUUACCCAGCGUUUGAGAGACACUCCAGCACAGGCCAGUGCUAACCUGACAGACAACAACACAGCAGUGAUCAUUGACACUCGCAGCGUGCUGGAGGCCAAGUUCAACAACGUGAUGACGCUGUGUGCCAUGGUGCCCUUGCUGGCCUUCACCUGCCUUAACUCCUUCCUGCACCAGAGGAUCCCACAGAAGGUAAGGAUCAUGGGCAGCCUGAUCGUGAUCCUGGUGGUGUUCCUGCUGACAGCAGUCAUGGUGAGGGUGGAAGUGCCUCCCCUCACCUUCUUCAUCAUCACCAUGAUCAAGAUUGUUUGCAUCAACUCAUUUGGAGCCGUGCUACAGGGCAGCCUCUUUGGCAUGGCGGGGCUACUUCCUGAAUCCUACACCACACCAAUCAUGAGCGGCCAAGGCCUCGCCGGCACCUUUGCUGCUUUCUCCAUGAUCUGCGCCCUGGCAAGUGGCUCUGAGCUGCAGGACAGUGCAUUCGGUUACUUCAUCACAGCCUGCGCUGUGAUCCUCAUGGCCAUCUUCUCUUAUAUGCUGCUGCCCAGAAGGGAGUUUUUCCAGUAUUUUCAGGACAGCCAUCAGCCCAAGGCCAGUGAUGAAGAGAAUAAGAUGAAUCUGCUGAAGGAAAACUCAGAGAACAAACCAGUCCUCAGUCACACAGAAGCAGAGAGCAGAGCACCUGUGUCUAUGCUGGCAAUCUUCAAAAAGAUCUGGGUGUUGGCCCUGUCUGUGUGCUUCGCCUUCACCAUCACCAUCGGCACGUUCCCCGCAGUGACAGUGGACGUCAAGUCCACCAUCGCCAACGGCAGCGCCUGGGAUUUGUAUUUCAUCCCUGUGUCGUGUUUCCUGCUUUUCAAUCUGAUGGACUGGACUGGGAGAAGCCUGACAGCAGUGUGUACAUGGCCAGGGAAGGAUAGCUCCCUGCUCCCCAUCCUGCUGCUGGCACGCACGGUCUUCGUGCCUCUCUUCAUGCUGUGCAACGUGCAGCCCCGCAGCAACCUGCCGGUCUUCUUCCAACACGACGCCUGGUUCAUCGUCUUCAUGAUUGCCUUCGCCUUCUCCAACGGGUACCUGGCCAGCCUGUGCAUGUGCUUCGGACCCAAAAAAGUGUUGCCUCAUGAAGCAGAGACAGCCGGAGCCAUCAUGGCCUUCUUCUUGUCUUUGGGUCUGGCCCUGGGAGCUGCUCUGUCAUUCGUUUUCCGAAGCCUUGUCUAGACCCUCCCUAAAGCCAUUACUCGUGGGACACAAAGGCAGAGUCAUUCUCCAUGGCAGGGGGUGGGGGGCGUCAUGUCAGACCAAUGCAUUUGAACAAAUGACCUCAAAAGUUCUUUUUUAAGAAACAUAACUCUAUACUUAACUUUUUGUAGAAAGCAUAGUCUUGGUAAGAGGUGAAAGUAGAAAGCCAUAUUUUUAUACUCCGUCAUGUUCAAACAGUGUUGUUUCUGUGUUUUAAAAAAGUGUUAUCAAAACACUGUCAUAUUUGCUGUGAUUGAUGCUGCCUUUAAUUGUCUUCAUCUGAUUUCUUUAAUUUGCUUCAGUUUCGCCUGUCACUGUAUAAAAGUAUUCAUGAGCCAGUGUAUGACCUGGACACAGUGACAAAGUAAGCAGGUGUGUCUUGAUGUGAAAUACAGAUCUAUGAGGCUUAUCACCAGUAGGACCUGUAGGGCUGCCUGCAGUGGUUACUGAAAUACCAUUUCUGUCUCUAUUAUCACGAAAAUCCAGAAAACUCCACUGGUGUAGUAAUUGGGGUUCAUUGUGAACAGCAAUGCGAUGUUCUCAUCUGAACAUCGACAUACAAGGGACCAUUUAUUUACUUGAGGGACAAGAAUAGCAAGUGCCUGAAACACUAACACGUAAUAUGCAGCGCAGUGAGACACUUUGUGGCCAUUUUAAUCCCUGUUAAACUCUGAAUCUUGUUGGAAGUGUUCUGAUCUUAGAUGUUAAAGAGGGAAUGUGAAACAUUUGGAUGCAACUGCAAUGUAUGCAUCCAUGAAUUUGUGAUGUUUUGUUUGUGUGUUUCAUACAUGUAAGUUCAACUACAAAGUAUUGCAUCUUACGUCCUGCCAUUAUUACCUAUAUUUCAGAAAUGACCACAAAUUCAGCUUUUACAUCUGGUUUUAAGAUGUUGAAGGGAACACAUUUUUGUCCCUUCAUUUUUCCCUGCAUUUUUAUGCAUUGUCAUUUACAAAGGGAAGUUCAAGUCUUAUUUAAUUCCUUUUAAAUCAGAAACAUUUCUUAGUUGAAGCACUCAUGACUUUAGCCAUAUCUCCUUGUUCCCUCUCAAUAUAUCGGUAUGAAUUGGAACAGGACUUUAAGUGCACUGGUGUUUGAUCCCAUAGUUUGAAAUGUUCUAUCCAUUAUAUCCAACUAUGGUAUGAAAUUGAAUAGCAUUUUGAGUCUCUGUAGUAUGAUUUUGUUGAAACAAAUACAAGACUGCAGGACAACUGCAUGGUUACUUGGCAUUUUAAUGACGGGUCAUAUGUUGCAUUCCCCCUGCCUUUGUUGAAAUAGUGUUGACUUGCUUUGACAUGCACACAUAAAUAAUUUAGUUGCCCACUCACAGGGCUGUUUUGCAAUAAUUAGGUAAAAAACACAAGGUCUGGUGUCUAGUUUAUAUGCUUUAAAUAUACUGUGUAGGUUAGCAGGGGCAGGGGUUUUAUCUUCUGCCUGAUCUCCAUGCAGGCUCACUGCCCUGGAAACCCAGCAGUAUGUGGCUUGUCUG